AUAAAGAAAAAAAUCCAUGCCACAUUACGCUUUCUUUUUCAGUCUUUGUUCAGUUAAACCGAGCAAACUAACACUUUCCUCCAAGGUAGGUGUAUAAACCCCAACAUUUAGUCAUUCUCUGAAACAGUUUCUCUCAACCGAUAGCGCUUCAGACUUUGUCAAUUGUAGUUUUAAUUACUUGUCUUAUUUUUUAAGCAAGUCAGACAUUAAAGAAAGCUGAAAGGAACUGCAUCACAAUGAACAUGUCAAGUAUUAUUUUUCGAUUCCCUACGGAAAGUAACAUAGACGGCGUUUGAAUUUUGUUUUUAAAAUAUAACUUACUUUCUAUAUCUAUUGAUGCAAUGAGUUUCAAUUCAGAAAAAAGAAACUCACACGGACAUAUGAUUUGAACUGAUUUUGUUUUUACCAUGUAACAAUAGUAGAAAACUUCUAGAUAAUAAAAGUAGUCUACAUGAGAGAAUUUUCUACCUUGGUGAAUUUUUACCUUUCAUGUCAUUUUGCUUGUCGAUAAAUCUUGAAUGAUGUUUCUGUGUAAGCUAUUUUUGAAAAAGAACAUCUCCCGUUUUGGCAUACGAAGGAAAAGAUUAUAUUUCUGAUACUUGAUCUUUCAGUUGUUGACAUACUUUUAAAUCCUGAUACAGUUUUCGAAAGGAGAAAAAACUAUCAUUUGUUGCAAAAUUUUUGUUUAUUGUUUAUCUUGUUUUAAAAGUUUAAAAUCAUUUUAAACAGAAACUUUCAAAGUGAUCAAAAUUUAAACCUUAUUCAAACUUAAUUCAACGAUUUCGUAGCAAAUAGGUAGUUCUGUGUUUGUGUUUGUUUGUUUGUCUGGAUAUUCUAUGUGGGCUGAUUUUAAAAUAGAUGUUUCACAAAUUCGAUGGCAUUUCUUGACUAAAACGAAAUUUUUUUGAGAGACUGUCCUAUGUGUAAGUGUAACUGUUUUAACUGGAAAUUCACAUGCUAAGAUCUCUACUUUGUGAAACGAAUCGUUCAAAUACAUAAGGUUUUUUAUGUAUUUUAGCUGCAUACAAGAAUAAGUUAUAACUUCCUUAGAUUGAUUUAACAAUGAUCCAAGAAAAUUUAUCACUGAAUAAAUCUUUUUCAUAAAUUCUUUCGGUAAAAACUUUGCAUAAGCUUAAAUCCGUUUUUAGAAAUAUUUGUGAUCAGAUUUAGAGAAUCCAGUAAUAGAAAUAAAGUUAUAAGAUUCUAAAUCAAUUGAAUAGGUUGGCGUGUUAUACAUAGCUUUAUGUUUUAGUUUCAAUCUUUCAUUGCCACCACGCAAAGAACGAUCAGAGAUGUUUUCGAUAGAGAACUUAGUUUAUUAUCCUAUUGAAACUGAGACGGUCCUACGCAACUCAAAUAAAUGACAGAAACGAAAUGAAUUUGACAAGUAAUCUUGUGUGAUAUAUUCGUCAUGAUUCUAGUACAACCAUAAACAGACAGAAAAGAAAACACCGGUAACCCAAUAAUUUUUUCAUGUUUGUUCCUUUACAGAAUUCGUAAAAUAAAAGAUUUUAAGGGGAUAUGACGCUUUCCUGUUGAAAAAUGUUUCUAAGUUUGAAAAAAAAAAUUGCGCCAAAACAUAUAAUGAACAACUAUAAUCGAUCAGAAAACACGUCGAAGUAAAUUCCGAGAAAGUGAUUUAAAUUGUAAAAUAUAGAAAUGUUGAAUAUUCGUUUGUGGGAAUCUUAUAAACUGAAAAAUAGCUCUAGAGAAGCGUGAUGCGUCGAGAGUAUUUUGGAUUAAUAGCUUUAACGCGUCCCAAGGAUCAAGUAAAUUAAUACAACGCUAAAAACCAGAGUCAGGUGUCUCCAUUUCAUGUAGAUUAUUUCCAUAGAUAAAAGAGAAACAGUCGCGAGUUUGUUACCUUGAAAUAGGAAUUACUUACUUGUUUAGGUAAUACUCAGAUUCUGCGGCUUCAGUAGAGAUCUCUCAUUCACGAAAUACCGUUUUACAACUUUGUGAGAAGGAUGUUCGCGAUAUAAAUUACAUUUUGUUGUAAAACAGGUGUUUACGUCGAAGCUUUUUUGAUGUAAAUGCACUUUAUUUAGUUUUAUCUUUUGUUUAAUAUAAAUGCCCCUGUUUGUUUUCUAUAUGAAUCAAAAUCCGGAAAAGGGCGAAACUUUGGCGAUAUCGGACAACUUUGUUCAGGUAGUCUUUAAGUUUACAAGAAGUAAUUAACUUGAGCUCAAUUGAAAAUUGAUUGAGUUGUUUGUGAGUUCGAACAAAUGGUUAACUGACGAGUUGUGCGUACUUUCUGCGCGGCUGUUUUUUUCUGUCGAAAACAUCACGUAAAACGUUUCUCAUGCCUUAUAUCUUGUGGCUUUAAGUCACUACUGAUUUUCCGAAUCCUUGAGACGGGAGUAAUCUUUGCAAAUUUUGAUGAACUUUCGGACAUCUCGGUCAAAUUUUCUUUUGUAAGUCCCGUUUCAUUCAGUUUCCUAGCGUUGAAUUUCAAACGUUGCACAAUACUGCAUCAAUUAUUAAAGUUUGUGAAGAAUAUUGUUGGAUACUGAUCUCUCUUGCUUUGAGGAAUAAGGACAAGUAUUUAAGAAAGAUUGCGAAACCGGGUUUCACAUGAAAAAGCAGCUUACAGUUUACUGUAUUCACCUGUUUCGCACUUCUCUAGUUGAAGUUGAUGAGUUUUUAAUUUAAUUUUUAUUAAGAUGGUUUCUUGCCAUUGUUUACCCACUGCAAAAAGUGUCAAAUGACCAGAGACGCGGCCUAUUGAGAAAAGCGAUUAUCCGGCGCUAAUUUUGACGGCAUUUAGUACGAGAUGUCUUUCUCCCACUGAUUAUUAAAGCUUUUAUUUUUCCAAAGCUGCACACUCUCGGAAAACAAAGCCAAACGUGUACUCGCACGUGCUAUUCAUGUGUAAAUUUUCGCCCGCUUUGUAAGUACUCUGAUAAGACACGCCGUGCCCUCAACCUCUGAUCGCCUCUGAAGGCAGAAACCCACGCUUUUCUUUAACAAAGCAUCUCCCCAUUUCACCUAAAUUAAAUUGUAAUUCUUAACUGAUCUCAUUAAUUCAGUUUCCGCUUCAUUGUGAAACAUACUAGCCUCCCCCUUUUGAUCAUCAUUUCAUUUCAUCUGCUUCUUCCGACGUAGCGCAAACACGUCAUUUAAAUAAUAAAUUUUCUCCUUCAACAGACGCCAGAGUUCACAUAGGGCUUUUCCUUGUGUCAGACGCGUCAUUCACGUAAACAGAUAGCUUGGGAAUAAAUCCGAAAGAGUGAAGUCAUCUGAAACAGUUGCUCAAAGAACUCGAAGACAUCCUAACCAAGGUAAGACUAAAACCAUUUGCGAUUGUACACAAAGCUCUACAACUGUCACUUUGAAUAUGACAUUUUUUGAAAAAAUAUCGAUUUUUCGUUUUAAAACCCUUUUAAGUCAAAAAACAGCAUUUCUAUUUUAGUUGCUUAUGAAGACAGCAAUAGAUCAUGAACCAAGUUCAUGCCAUCUUCAUUCAACAUUUUUCGUAGUUUUUACGAUGAAAUAAUAAAAUCCUCGUUGGUAAGACUUUCUCUAGAGAAGGCAAGAUAUAUCACCUAAAUGUUGAUAAAUAUUGAGUUGUACAAAAUUUAGAUUGAACACCAGUUGUGACACUUUUUGAGCAACAUUCUGAAACUAGAAACAAAGAAUUAUGAUCUUUUUCUUAAUUUUUUUUUUUUCACCAUCUGUGAUCAACUGAUUUCAUCGUAUCCCAAAAUAUCAGUUUGUUUAAAAUUAGUAGACUUUAAUCUCAAUAAAUUUUAUCCUUUCAAUUAAAAACAUAAGUCCUGAUCAAUUGGUGACGAAUUCAAAACGCAGUCAUAUAAAUAAUUAAUAAACUGUUUCUAAUUUUACAAUAUAUCUUUAUUGAAUUAUAAUAACGCUAUAUCUUUGUUUACCGUAAAUUAUUUUAGAUAAAUAUUCGACUCGGAGAGACAUGGUUUUUACACGAUUCAGCUUGAGCUAACUCUCUUAAAUAAUCGAUAGCGUUUUUAAAUUAUCGUAAAAUUUGAGCAAUCACACGUGCAACAAUAACGAAUUCAGAAUACUCACCAAACAAUCUCUUCUACAUAAAGCCAACAUUCUCUGCUUAAGAAAAAUAUUUUGCUAUCAAGCUGAGCAAAAAUAAACUCUUAGCUAUGAUUGCAGAAAAAAAACCCAUUGGAGCUGUUGUUGUUUUUUCGGGCGAGAGAUAAAAAACAGAAAAAUAAUCUCUUGUGUUGUUUUAACCAACGCCGUGAAGCUUAUUUCAUUUUAACCCUCAGGAUAUUCAUCAAAAGAAACAUGAAGUUUUUAAAACUUUUUUUCAAGAAAAUUUACAAAAGAUACUUAUUUCCAUUCAUGUUAUACCAUAAAGCGUAUUAUUUACUUUACCUAAAUGAAAUUAAAUUUCAAUUGAAUAAAAAAUUAAAUCGAGAUAAGAAAGGAGGACUGCAAUUUUAGUAAUUGCAGAAAAGAAACCUAAUUCGAACCCAGGCCUCUAAUAUACUAUCUGGGUGCUUCUUUCAACUGAGCUGGCUAUUCGUUCAUUACAAGACUUACAAGUUGUGAACAAAUUAAUCUAAAGUUUCAUGUUGUCAGUAACGAAAUCUAAAUUCUGAUAAGUUUGCUGCAAUAUCAAUAACCAAAAUCGGAGUGUGAAAUACAAUUUCUCCCACUAAUCACUCUUCUAAUGCAUUACUGAUUAAAUUAAUUGUAAAAUGUGCCGCGCAACUCAAUCUUGGUGAUUGACAGUUCAAAUGAUACAUGUGACCGCAUUACGAAGUUUUGAAAGAACUUGGGUGGCUUCUCAUUGGCGGAUUUAGGGUUAGGGAAUCUGGGGGCUCCGAACAACCUCUUUUCUCCUUCCACCCUUUCCCCACCACCCCGCACGCCUAUUUGGUCUGUGGGCACUAUUUUUAAGCUUGUCUGAAACCAUGAUUCUUUUUCUGGCGAGAUCACAUUUAAAUGCUCAACUUAAGAAAUUGAAAAUUUAUUUUGAUUCCGGUUUAAGAAAUAACUACAUGUUUUCUAAAUCAAAGUUUGGCCUAUCUCCCUUCACCUCCUAUCAAAAAGUUCUGGACCCGCCUUUGAAUUUAUCUGUUCCCUCCCAAAAUAAAUCUUAGAAUGAUUUAACUGUGCGUUGAAAUCCUCUAUUUAGCGUAGAAUAAAAACAAGUUGUCAAGUUUUGAUCUCUUUUCUGUCCUCUUUUUGCAGCAUGAUGAGAAAUUUAGUUUACAUCACGAUCGCCAUGUUGAUGUUAAAUUACGAGACAUGCGCUAAAGACUACUGGGCGGAUAUGGGGGUGACGUGUGAGAAAGAAAAACAGAGAAUUACGGUUUGUGGUGGACAGUUUUUUGAGGACGUUCAUGUAUGCCGCGGAACGUGCAGGUCUUUAAGUAGAAUUACAAUGAGUUCAUGGGACCAAACAGUUUGCACGUGUUGUAGAGCUGAAGGAUUCCUAGAACGGGAUAGAGAGUGCAACGAUGGAACUGUGGAGAAAAUAAAGGACGCGAAAGCCUGCGUGUGUUCAAGAUGCCCUUGAGUGUGUAGGAAAAAGGACACAAAAGUUAGCUGACUUUGAGUAAAACCAUACAGAGGAAAUAAAAUCAGGAACGUCUAGGGAACAUGAAACUAACAAUAUUUGGAACACAUUAUUGGAUAGAUUGUUCGUUUUCAAGUAUGGUAAUGUUGAAAUUUCCAAUUUAACGCAUGCAGCGUAAGGCACUGACCAUCUUAAGCUGAUUAUGAGUAAAUUAAGGCUUGAUUGCGUCUCAACGACCUGAUUGCUGGUUGAGG